CGGUGCUCAGUGGGACGUCACUUCCGGGUCCUGUGCGGCCUGGUGAGGGGGUGGAGAUGGAGGUUUCCAGCCCGGAGCCGACGUCGGACGGUGCAGGAGAGGAUGAUUCAGACACUUCCUUGGAUAUGGAGGUGAGCCCAGAUGGGAGAAAACACAGUGCAGAUGAGGAUAGUGAGAGAGAGCUUGAUGUUAUUAAUCUCCCUGAAACCCCAGAGACCUGCCUGCAGAUGAACCUGGUCUAUCAGGAAGUUAUUGAGGAAAAGAUCAAGGAGGUCAGCAUUUUGCUUUCCCAAAACGAAGAACAGCAGGAAAAGCUCACCAGGGAGCUUGCUGGGCCCAGAAUUGCAAAAUCCAGUAAUGGGAAAGCCAUGCCAGCAAAUGUGUUUCUGGGCCAUUUUAUGAAGCCAUAUUUUAAGGAUAAGACAUCAGGAAUUGGUCCUCCUGCUAACAGCGAUGCCCAAGAAAAGGCAAUGCAAGGCAUAAAACCUUUUGAAGAUCUGAUCACAACAAAAUGGAAGAGCCGAGAGAAGCUGUUGCUGCGUCAGUCUGUGGUCAGUGAUCAUUUGCAGCAUCUGCUUCAGCCAAAACUUUUGAAGCUUGAGUAUCUGACUGACAAACAGGAAAGAUCCCAAGAUGAAAUGGAAAAGCAGAUUUUGACAAAACAAAUCAAAGAAGUUGAGCAUGAAAUGAACAGCAUUGAACAGCUGCCAGAGAAGGUUUUGCUGGGAAACAGACUUGAUAAGCAUGACUGGGACAAGAUUGCCAAUGUCAGUUUUGAAGGAACGCGCGGUGCAAAUGAGCUGCAGAAAUACUGGCAGAAUUCUGAACAUCCCAGUAUCAACAAGGAAGAGUGGAGUGAGGAAGAGAUCAAGACACUCAAAGAAAUUGCUGCCAGGCACAAAUGCCUCAACUGGGAAACAAUAGCCCAGGAGCUGGGGACACAGCGAACAGCUUUCCAGUGCCUGCAGAAGUUCCAGGCAAACAACAAAGAAUUCAAGAGGAGUGAGUGGACCCCAGAAGAAGACCAAAUGCUCUUGCAACUAGUGCAAGAAAUGCGGGUGGGGAGCCACAUCCCAUACCGGAAAAUUGCCUACUACAUGGAGGGGAGGGAUUCUGCCCAGCUGAUCUAUCAAUGGACCAAGCGACUGGAUCCCAACUUGAGGCACGGAUCCUGGACCCCAGAAGAAGAUGCUCUGCUGCUGAAGGCAGUCACAAAAUAUGGGGAGCGGGACUGGUAUAAAAUUCGAAUGGAGGUCCCAGGGAGGAAUGACAUUCAGUGCCGAUACAGGUACUUGCAUGCUCUUCACUAUGAUAUAAAGAAGGGCAAAUGGAGCAAGGAAGAAGAAAAUAAGCUGAUUGAACUAACAGAAAAGUAUGGCGUGGGUCACUGGUCAAAAAUUGCUUCCGAAUUGCCGCACCGCUCAGGGGCCCAGUGCCUCAGCAAGUGGAAAAUCCUCCUGGGUUGUCAGAAAAACAGGAGGAGGAAGCAGAAGGAUAACCUUUGUCAGAAACGGAGAUCAGAGUCCAGCAGUGAGGAUUCAGACCCAGUACUUGAGAAAGACAGCACUGAGGAGAAGGAGGAGGAGUCCAGGAAUCCCAAGACUGAAGUCUGGAGAGUGCCCAGCAUUGACUUGUGGAUCCCUACAAGGCAGACUCUGUCCAGCAUUCCUGGGGAGUUGGCCUCUGUCACUGUGCUUUCAAAAGGCUUUGAUGUGAGCAGAAAACGGAAGUCGGUCCAUGGUGCUCUUCUUGUUGCAGAAAAGGACCAAGCUUCUGAAGAUCUACAGUCCAGGACAUCUCCAUCAGUUAAUAUUCAGGCAGAGGAGGAAUUUGCUGUGGAGGAUACCAGAAUUUCCAGAAGCAAAAAGGAUUCGUGGAGGGUUUCCUUGGCCUAUGUGAAACGUGUCUUGCGGCGAAACAGCUAUGAAUUGCAGAGGAGAAAUGUAGGUACCUUUCUUAGGCUCUCUUGUAGAGAGAUAAGCAGAAAGAAGCACUUUGCUUCUACUUCAUGGAGGGGUCUUGAGAGAGAUGUAGUCCUCCCAAUCAAAGAGGCUGCCAGAGGCCAGAGGGAUGGGAUGUGGAAGAUGACUCUUACCCGGCGGCUGAUGAUGGCGGUGGCACCCUGGGCUGGCAGCAUGGUUCAGGCCUGGAGCCUUCGGGUCAAGAGCAAAGCGUCUCACAAGUCCAAAGCGGAAUUCAUCUUCAAGCACCUGCAGACAGCCAGUCUCAAAAGUACUCCCUUGUUCACGCUUUUCAUUCAACUUCUUCGUAUUGAUGUGGAUGGCUGCAUGAAAAUCAUCCAGAAGAGGAAGUCCCGGCAGCUGGAGCUCCUGAAGGCUGCUGCUGGGAAUGCAGGAGGCACCAAUCAGGCUUCUCCCUCUCAGGAUUCCACAGCCCAGUCAAGUCUCCACAUGGGCACGAGUAAGAAACUCAUCCCUUUGAAGGCCAAGGAGGGCCCUCUUCCUGCUCAUCCCUGGCUAGCUUUUUCACCUCUUUGCCCAGCCCCCAAACCCAAAACUGUCUCUGAGCUGCUGAGAGAGAAGAGGCUGCGGGAAUGGAAGGCAAAGAGAGUCCUGCCCGAGAGGGUAAUCUUGGCACCGCAGCUGCUUCUGCCUUCCUCUGUGAUAAUCCAGCAUUCAGCUCAAACGGGGUGUCAUGGCCUUCCCACAGCUGCAAAUGGUCCAUCAUUGCCCAACCUCUCUCCUCUUGGGGUUUCCACACCCCCUGGAUCAUCAGGACAGAGAAACUUGGCAUUGUUGCAGGAGCACAUGAAAGGCUCUCAGUAUGAAGAGGCUUCAACUGGCAGCAAAGAGGAUGGUCGUGAUACAGAGGCCAGCUUGCAGGAGAGCCAGGGAGUACCAGCCACUGUUCAUUCUGCCCCUUUGUUGGCAAACCAGUCACAUUUGCCUCUCCAAAGCUUGGCAGCCACAGCUCCUACCCCGGUUGCUUCUCUGAGUCCCACCAAUAUGGAGUCUGGCACAAAGAAGAUUCCUCACUUACCACCAGCUGCCUGUACCCUGGGGCUGGUUGGAUCUCAGCAGAAUACAGUUAAGUUGGUGCCCUCACUGGUAGCCCUCCCACCUGGUUCCCAUGAGGUGACCAAGCAGAUCCUUCCCAUAACCUGGCUGGCUACUGCACAGGGCUUUAUCCCAAUGACUGUUGUGAGCCUUCCCAAUCCAGGGAUGUCCAGUGCCACAAGCAACCUUGUCAUGUCCCCAGGUGCAAGUCAGGCAGCAGAGGUGUCUCCAGUUCACAAGCCAUUGCAAGGGGCCUUUUCCAGCAGCCUUCAGAAGGUUGGAAAGCCUGACCUGACCCUUCCCCCUGUCCCGCUUGCUCCUGCAGCCUCAACAGAAUUGCAGCACACCUUGUCCUCAACUUGCCCUCUGACGCUCCCCUUGCCCAGUGCUUCUGUGGGGAGUGCCCAUUUAAAUCAGGAACCCCAGAACUAUGCCAUGAGGACCUCUCACCAUCCUGCCAUUCCUGAAGGGACCAGAGAUCCCCCUGAGAAAGCAUGCCCUCCACUGCAAGAGGUGAAGGCCACCCCUGACUAUAGCCUUCUCUCACUGGAGGACAUAGCAGCAGUGAAGGAAUGGGCCAAGGGAGGCGUGGGCCCAAGGGCUUCGUCACUGGAAACCAGCCUUCCUUAUCUCCCGCCUUUUUUGUGUAGUUUAAAAACACUCUCUGCAGUGUUGCUUAAUAAAGAAGCCCUGGAGCGGACUGCAGCGUGUCUGGCAACUCCAGAAGGGCAACAAGAGGCCAGUCAGCAGCUGGAUCUGAAUGCACUGAGGAAAGUGGUGCACCAGAGGCUCCAAGAGAACCCUGCCUACCAGCUUCUGAAAGCCCGCUUCCUAGCAGCCUUCACCAUCCCAGCUGCUCUUGCAGUGCUGUCUCCUUCAAGGGUGACUACCACACUCUCUGGAGAGAGGUGGUGGGAAACCAGCCACAAAGGAGACUCAUCUGUGUCAGCAUCAUCCUCUUCAUCAUCAUCUGAGGAUGAGGAAGACCAUAGAGAAGCCAGCAGAGGAGCUGAGAGGUUGGAGGGACCAAGUACAGACUGGAUUGGCAUGCCUGGGGUUUGGAGAAGCACACGUCUAAGAAGACGGAGAAGGCACCUGUAAGAGGAACAGGCUUUCUUAAGAACCCCUCAGAUAUUUUGCACUAAUUAGCAACAGGGCUGUAACCCGGCUGACAGGAAAAGAAGAGCGAUAUGCUUGGGAUCACAAGCCCACUUGCAAGCACACCUUGGAGAAAGAGACUUUUUGUUUACAUGGACUGCUUUGUGUUUUUUUCUGUCCUUUGACAAAAACCAGACAGCUAGAUGGAGGCUCAUAAAGGAGAAAUCAACACUUCUUUGUGAGUAUCCCUGGCCUACUUUGAGCCCAGGUGAGCUGUUAAUGUUGUACCAUGUAGCUGGUUUGGAGUAAUGCUGUUGUUACAGAACUGUUUGGCUUUCUUUUUGGGGUAUUAAAUGUUGGUUUUACACAG